AUGCCAGCAAAUCUUGAGCCGGAACAGCUGAAGGAAGUGGACCAAUUCAUGCAGCUUCUUUCCGAGUAUGCUGACAAAUGUGACACCGGCAAUCCUUCUGACGGACCAGACGCAAGGCACCCUGAUUCUAUCACCGUUGCGGACUUCGUUGCAGGAUUUAAUGAUCCUGGUGCUUCAGCCCUCAUCAACAGCAUCACGCGCAGUCUACUUACCACUAUUGAUGGCGAUGUCUACAGAGCAGACAAAGUUAUCGUUUCUGUGCCAACACCAUUUUACCCUCUCAUCCAGUUCGAGACAAGUCUUCCACCAGCCAAAAAGGCACUCGACGAGUCUGCCAAGUCAGGAUAUUACACCAAAACGGUCCUUGUAUACGCAGAGCCAUGGUGGCACUCCGCAGGUCUCUCAGGCGUAUAUAGUUCCGCCAACGGGCCAGUCGUCUUCACGCACGACACUUGCGUUCCUCAAGAUGGUCAAUACAGCAUAAAUUGCUUUCACGCUGGCGAUCCAGGGUGGAAGUGGUCAAGACUGCCAGCUGAAGAACGUAAGAAAAUUGUUUUGCAAGAUAUCCGCACUACAUUUGGCACUAUUGUGGAUACUAUACCUAAACCUAUCAAUGCUAUUGAUAAAGAUUGGACAACAAAGGAUCCUUGGGCUCAAGGUGGACCUGGUCCUGUUUGGAGACCUGGAUUCUUGGCGGGUGAGUCUGGAAAGACUAUUACUGAGCCCUUUUGGAACAUUCAUUUUGUUGAGACGGAGACGGCUUCGGUUUGGAGAGGGUACAUGGAUGGCGCUGUGAGAUCGGGCAUUCGGGGAGGGAGGUCAGGAAGUUGUGGCGCAACUCAAAAUCUCGACAUAGUUCAUUUCAGAACUUGA